AUAUUAUCUGUCACCUCUGAUUUAGACGCCAUAUUCUCAAGCCAUAUUUGUGAAUAAAUGUGAACUCUUCGAUAAAAUCUUACUAAAAUCAAAUAACUAAAUGGUUUAAUAAGUUCAUGGUAUCAAUUGGAAGUGAAAUUUAUUUAAAAUGAGUGAGAAUAGCAUUAUAAGUGCACCAACAACGCCAGAAAAUGCUAAUUCAUCGAUCCACAAAGCGAAAUCCACUGUCUCAAACAUCAUAUUAAAUACGCUAUCCAAUUCAAUAUCGAAGUGGUUCUCACCAUCCGAUCAAAAUGGUAAUUUACGUCGAAAGCGGGAAACUGAAUCUGACAUCGAACUGAAUGACAUGACACAUGGUACUGGGGCAUCAGAACCGCCAACAAAACGUUUUCGCAGCGGACAAAAUCAGGACGAAGCUGAAUCGCAACCAACCACUUCAACUAGACAUCUUUAUUCGACUCGGCAGAUUUCGUCGUCGACACCAACCACAGUAACGCCAACACGACGGAAAAUGUUAGUAAGAAAUUCGUCGCCGUUUAAUUUUAGUGAACAAAUGCCAACCGAUACGCGGCGGCAAAGUCAAAUUGAACCAACUACAAUCACACUCGACGAUAAUGGGGAUAAUUCAACGGACGAAGAAGUAACGAUUCAUGAUGACGUGACCGAUUCGUUGUCACGAGAAUUAGCAAAUCGCAAACGAUUAAACAUACCACCAACGGCUAGGCCAGCCAGUCGAACAUCGAACCUCAUGUCGAUGUCGAUGCGAUCAAGUCUCACAUCACGAAAUCGUUUUUCGGCCAACCAUACCAUUGGUAAUGAUGCAACAAAAGACGAUGACUUGGAACAAGAUGCAUUGUUCAAUGGAACGCCAAAUGAGUCGGCGUCGGAAAGUGAAGACAGUUCCAGCAGAAUCACAUUUACUCAACCAAAUAGAUUUGCAACUAAACGACCGCAGAGUAGUGCCGGUCGAAUCAACACAAGUUUUGUACGCGACGAAGAGCCUGAUCAGAAUCAACGAAGACUUAGCGGUCUCUUUGGCACGGGUAGUAAGAGACUGAGAGGAACCAAUGGACUAAUGAAUUUUUCAGCUCAUCUUCAAUCCAACAAAUCGUUGUUUUCUGACAAAAAUAUGCCGAAAUCCUUGAACAACUCGACAACAUCAUUAAACAGUCUGAAUCGUCGCCAGUCGUUGAAUGCAUCACUGUACGGCAGUACGUCAGCCUUGAGCGACAGUCGAUUGAUCAAUACAAAUUCGCCUUUCUACAGUGGCAGAACAAUGUUUGGCGGUGCAUCUGGAUACUCGCGAAGAGCCAUUUCAAGUCAACCAACGUUGCGUGUUCCAACGCAAAUUCGACCGUCAUCGAGCUUAUCAACGUUGUAUUCAUCGACGAAUUCGUUAGCGAAUGUGGACCCAAAUACUUCUGCCUUAUCCGACACAGCCAAACGUAUUUUAGAUUUGAUGAAUCAAUGCACAACACCAUUGGCCGACGUCAAGAAAAUGGCUAGCAAUACAGCCAAUCAUACACCGGCCUUAGUCAACCAUCGGAAACGGUUUGAUGACAAUGACAUGAUGUUAAACCGCAGCAUGCGACUGUCCACACCGAAAACACCAUAUUCACGGCCUGGUGCAAACAGUGCCAGAAAAUCACCGCCGACAAAUGAGUUGCAAGUACCGACAAUGUCACAACUCUUGCAAAUGAAGAAAAUUCUGCAGAACAAUACGGAGAAGGUCCGUGAAGUGGCUACAGCAUCCAGUAGCGUUUUAAAUCAGACUGGUGAAUACAAACUACCGGAAAGCAACGAUGUGGAAAGUGCAUCAACAAGACAGUCGAAAAUCCGAAAUAAAAUAACGACCACAAGAGCAAGCACUAAGUCAAAUGUACAAGAGGAAUAUGUGCAAGAAGUCAAUUUACCAAAUAUUUCCCUGCCAGCGAUGAAAAGUUUGCCCGACAUAACUUUGCCUUUUUCCAAACCGAUCACAUCAACUUACAAUGUGCCGCCAGCAACAGUAACUCAACCGGCUCCGACACUAGUUAAUUCGACAAUUACGAAAUCUGUCCAACCGGCAUCGCCAAAAGUAGACAAUUCUACUCGAACGGAAAAAAGUCAAUUCAGCUUCGCCUCGCCGACUCAACUGAAACUACCACUAUUCGACAAGAACAUCGAUCCGAUCAACAAUUUUAAAUUCAGUGAACCAAUCAAUGUUGAGAAAGCCACUAACAACAGUAAGCCAUUGCCGGCAUUCGGAACGACCGUACCAAGUUCUGGUUUAUUUAAUGUGAAAACCAGUGCAGUUGACUCCGGGAAAACAGUGGCGCCGUUGAAAAAUGCCAGUGUUUUGGAGGCACUUAACUUACCGAAACCAGCGAAUGUUGCAUCAACCCCAGCGGCACCGGCAUCUGUGACAGCAGUCCCACCACAGAAAUCAUUGAGCGAUCUGUUCAAAUCUUCCAGCAAGCAAUGGGAAUGUUCUUGUUGCAUGAUCAAAAAUGACAAUGCAAAGGAAAUAUGUGUUGCUUGUGAAACACCACGAAGCCAGGCGUCAGCAGCACCGAAACCUAUCGAGCAAACCCUAUCCGCUCCACUAACGAAUUCAUUUGGUAGUCAAUUUAAAACGAAUGCGAACACUUGGGAGUGUUCUACGUGCAUGAUUCGAAACAAAUUGGAAGCGCAAAAGUGUAUUGCAUGUGAAACGCCUAAGUCGGGAGGAGGACUGGAGAAAUCAGUUUCUGCUUUGCCGAAGCUAGCAGUUCCUAGCACAGAUCAAGGAUUUAAGUCUAUAGUUGCUCAACAGAGUGCCCGAUGGGAAUGUUCAGCGUGUAUGACCCGCAACGAUGCAAAUAGAAAGAAAUGCGAAUGCUGCGAACAGGCAAAACCUGGAACUAGUUCGGAAUCAUCAAUUGCAUUUUCAUUCGGCAGCGCAUCUUCGUCCACACCCAAGUUUAGCUUUGGUGUGCCAUUCAAUGAAAAAGCUGCAUCAACAGUUGUUCCGAUCAGCGAGGCGAAAUCAAAAGUGGAUGAACCUAAGCCUUCGUUCUCAUUCGGUGCGCAACCAAACGCCAGUGUUACUGACGGGCCGGCGAAAACCUUCUCGUUUGGAAGCCAAAGCAAAGAAAAAGACAAAGAGAAAAAGAGUGAUCCUCCAGCAACAACAUUCUCAUUCGGCGUUAAACCUACCAACAAAUCGAAUGAUAAUGAUUUGUCCGCGUCAGCAAAAAUAGCUUCAACUCCAGCACUGUCUGGAUUUAAGUUUGGUGCGUCAAUACCAGAAGUUAAACCGGUAACAGCAGUAACGGCAGUGAUUCCCAGCAAUAAACAGACUACAGAAGAAACAGCUAAGGAAACACGGUCAAAUGAGUUGAUAAUCGGUUCACAAAACAAAAAUGCUGUCAUAUCAGUGCCAUUGCCAGUUGUUCCUGUAGUUCCUGCCAAUUUAGCCUCUACCACAAAUUCAACUAUUAGUUUUGGAUCGUUAAAAACUGAUCAAAAAUUGCCGUCAUUCGGAGCACCGAUUAGCAAAGUCGAUUCUCCAGCAAGUCUUAUGCAAACAAAACCAACGUUCGGAUUAACAACAACAAUUUCAUCUUCUAAUGCGCAACCGUCGACAGCAAAUACAUCGAUAGUGAACACAGUAACUCCUGCAAGUACGGUCGCUCCAGUUUUCGCCUUCGGUCAAACUCAAAAUGCUGCCAAAGGUGGAUUUUCAUUCGCACCAAAACCGGUCGUUAGCGAUAAACAGGCAUUUCCCAUGCCAGAUUUUGCUCAAUCACAAGUGAAACCGGCAGCAACAACGACACUAUCGUUUGGCUCGUCAGCCGCCACUGUUACCACAGCUGCACCUUCAGCUCCAUUUGGUAAUUCAUUCUUUUUCGGCCAAGCUGCAACUGCAUCAACAUCAGAGAAUUCUACUGCAUCAUCAACUUUCGGUUCAACCACCAGUACUCCGGCAACUGGUUUCAAUUUCGGUUCCAGUUCGACGCCAGCUCAACCUGUGUCAACGACUUUUGGCACUCCACAACAGCCACAAUUACCAUCAACGCCUGCUUUUUCGGCAGCUGCAACCGCUAUCACCUCAUCCUUGCCAACAGAACCAGCUACCUCGCCGUUCAUGUUUCGGUCAGCAACUAAUGCUGAACCAAUGCCAGCCUUCGGUCAGUCAACAACGCCAAGCUUUGGUCAAACAAACACAACGCCAGUAACUCCGUUCGGAAGUUUUGGCUCUCAAGCAGCCACUCCUGCUCCUGCAUUUAGUGCUAAUGUAAAUCCAAUAGGCAAUCCAAUCACAAAUAAUGCAGCCUCCACGACGUUUGGCUCGUCAUCGCCAUUCGGAUCGACAGUGAAUGCAACGCAAACGCCAAACUUUGGUAUUGGUAACAAUGGCCUUAGUAACUCGUUCGGAGUUCCACCUAGUUUCGGUAGUCCAUCAAGUGGCUUCGGAUCCCUGAUUCAUCCAGCACCAGCCAAUUCUGACGAGCCGUCAGCCAAGAAGCGUUCACCCGGUUUCGGAGCAUUGAGCAGUGCCAACACACAGAAGCCGCCCGCGUUUUCCUUCGGAGAUUCGUCGAGCGGUAGCGCGCCAAAAAGUUCGUUCGCAUUCAACGCAACUGCAUCGCCAAGCUUUAACUUCUCUGGAAGUCAACCGGCACAGACAAACUCAUCACAGCCGUACAAAUUUGGAUCCGCUACUGCUGCGCCAGCACCUGUUUUCAAUUUCGGUUCGGCUGAGGCCAAGUCACCCAACGCACCCUUCCAAUUUGCAGGGUCGUCUGAUGUUACUAACAACCCGUUUGCACCGCAAGCAGUAGCAUCAAAUUCAGCAGCCACCCAGCAGCGUCGAAAAAUACGCGCCCGUCGAACAACACCGCGAUAAACUCAAAACACAUUUGGAUUCGAAACGAAGAUCACAACCUCAAUUACAAUAAAAAUAGUAAAAUCCAUUCAGCUGCAAUCAGUCCCAACAACACCGUUCAACGCAAAAAGCAACACAACCACUUUGCCAUCAAAUACGAUCCAGCAUUCGACAAAUUCCAUCGCUCCAAAUACAAAAUUGUUAAUGUUAAAUCGGCCAGUGUCGUUGCUAAUAAUAAUCAAUGCGAACAAUCGAAUACUGAGUUAACACAUAAUGUCACCACAUCGCCGAUGGUAUGCGCUUAUGAUAUAAACAAAACCAAUUUUAAUUGCAAUGAUACGUCAAAGUUCAAGUACGUUAAAAAUAAUAAUUUGAUGGAUGUCCAGUCGCACGAUAAAUAGUGAGAAAAAUUGAAAGUUUGUUGAAUCGCGGUGGAAACAAACAUGAAGAAGAAGAUGAAGGAAAAGCUCAAUGGAAAACUUUAUCUGUUUGCUGAUCUGUUGUCACCGUAAAAGAAAAAAAAAACUUUACAUCAAGUCAAUUCGGACAGGGACGCCAUCAGAUUAUUAUUCGUUUCUUAAAUGGUUGUACCAUCAACAAAUUAUAUUAUUAGUCUUAUUGAUAUAGAUCUAAGUUUUCAAGUACGUUGUGUUGAUAAUAUUGAAACAAUGUCUCGCUUUUCUUUUAGUGGAUUCAAUUUUAAUUUAACCGAUAGCCCCAAAAAAGAAAGAAAAAGAAAUGAAAAAUCAAGUCAAGUCAAGUCAUUUCGUCCGGGAAGUAAUGUGAAUAUGUGAAGCAUAAACACAACAUACAACAAUUUAUGAAAAAAAACUUCUCUUCAUCAAUGAAAGGAAGAGAUAGAUAGACAAUUCCAAUACAAUUUUAUAUAGAAAACUGAAUUGUUUCUAUGUUUCGGAAUUGUGGCGUUCAUUCUUUUGUGAACAUUAGCGAAUUUUAGUGAAAUAUUUCGAAAUAUGCAAUGUACAACUAGCGAAUUUUUACCAGAUCAAAGAAAUUAUUUCUCAAAUAUUUUGCCUUGUGGCGUUUUCAAGAAGCAAAAGAUUUUCGUUCAUCCCGUUACGUGGAUCCGAAGUUUUAUGAUCUACAAAAAAAUGCUAUUUCUCAGUAGCGUAGUGGCCCGAAAGUGUGUACACAAUCAGACCCUGUAUAAGUCACAUUUUUGUACAGUACAGAGGUGUGAAAAUGCUGCAUUUAAUAGAUUGAAAAAUGUGUGGGAAACGAAAGCUUACAGAAAAGUCUAUCAAAAACUCGCAAAGACGGUAAGAUUUCUACCAUAACAUCGAUUCCAUUACUAUCCUUGGGUCGUCACUUGAUCUAUAAAAUGAUUAUAACAUCCGGUUGAUGAGUCUUUUAUUUUGACAUGUUUAUAAGGCAACAUUGGGCAUAGUGCAUCUCGUCACUGAUGGCGUUAGUAAAAGAUUUUAUUUUUAAAGUGGCUUUCCAGUGAACUUUUGUUCGAUUCAAAUGAUUGCAUUUCCAAAUAACUCACUCAGCCUCAAUCAGUGCGUAAUAAUAAUUUUUUUUUUAUUUCUCAUUGAACCGGAUUAUGCCGAUUCUACUCAAAAGUUCCACCAUUUCCAUUGAAUGUUAAGUGGAAUUCAUGGAAUAUUUUUGAAGUUUUGUCAGAUCUUCCAAAUACAUCUUGUUGCCUGAACAGAAAAUUUGAGGCGUAUAAGAUUCAUUAAAAUGCACCAACGACAUUGUGCUGACCAAUGUGUAAAGACAAAACUAGAAACUUAAACAGAUAUUGGCGUUCGAACUUCAAAAACAGAAACUCAUCGACCGAAUGUCCGUUACCUAUACUAAUCGCGUUAUUGUUUUGCUUAUUUUAUUGUUAUAAAUAGGUCAUGGUAUUUCCGGAUAAUUGCCCAGUAAUCAUCCUAAUAAUGUACUCAAUACGCCGUAUUUUGACCUAAAAAGUAAUUUAAAAUCCAACGGAAAGGAUUCAAUUUUCUUUGAUUUUGUGACACAUGAUUUUCGUUUUAAAUUAAUUUUAAUUGUAGAAAUAAAGAAUGCGGACUAAUAUCGAUUAGAUACAGAGAACAAUAUCGUAUAAAUCAAACAAAAAACAGAAAAUAUGGACAAUGAACUGAAGACAUAACAAAACAAGACACACAUCCGUUACACACACACACACAUAAAAACACUCUUUAACAGUGACUUAGAACCGAAACCGAAUACCUAAACUCGAAAAACAAAAAACAAAAAAAGAAAAAUGUUAAAAGUUAGCUUUUCAUUUAAAACAAGUAAACAACAACAAAAAUAAAAUAAUUGAAAUUAACUUAUCGUACAAACAAAACCAACAUUACAGUGGGAAAACUAAAGAAAUAAAAAAAAAAAUUAAUGAAAAUAACAAACAAAAAAACUUAAUUAUUAACACAAACAACCAAUAUCAGAAUGUAAAAUUAAAAAUGCUAGUUAGGGAAUAAUUUUAAGUAAAAAUUUAAAAGAAAACAAAAAACAAGUAAAAAAAUACACAGAACACUGAUUGCAGGAUGCUUUAAUGGAGAAAUAAUUAAAAUAGUUUUUGGUU